AUGAGUGUGUUUUCUACGGCGCGAUUGCACGACAAGGUCGUGCUAGUGACGGGUGCAUCGUCGGGCAUUGGUGCGGCGGCUGCCAAGCUCUUUGCACGUGCGGGUGCGAACGUUGUGCUUGCAGCCCGGCGCGCCGAGAAGCUCGCUGACGUCGAAGCGGCGUGCCAGGAGGCAAACACGGCCGGCUCGACCGGGCACGGCGGCCACUAUGCUGCUGUGUCGCUCGACAUGCGCAGUACGGAGAGCCUUGAUACGUUGCUACAGCGUCUGCCGUCGUGGGCCUCCAACGUCGACGUGCUUGUGAACAAUGCCGGCCUCGCCAUGGGCACCGCGCAGGUGGGCGAGAUCCGCGCCGAGGACCUGGACGCGAUGCUCGAGACGAACGUGCGCGGGCUGAUUUAUGUGACGCAGCUGUUCGUGCGCCAGUUCAAGGAGCGCAAGGCUGGCCACAUUAUCAACAUUGGCUCCGUGGCAGGCAAAGAGCCGUACCCCGGCGGCUCGGUGUACUGUGCGACCAAGUUUGCUGUGCGCGCCUUCACCGACGCGCUCAUGAAGGAGCUUGUCAGCACGCCGAUCCGCGUGACCAAUGUGCAGCCCGGUUUGGUCGAGACCGAGUUCAGUCUCGUGCGAUACUAUGGCGACAAGGACGCCGCGGAUAAGGUAUACCACGGCAUUGAGCCGCUCACGCCCGACGACAUCGCCGAAGAGAUCGUCUGGGCGGCCAGCCGCCCAGCACAUGUGAACGUCGCCGAGACGCUCGUGUUCCCGGUUCACCAGGCGAGCCCCUUCCACAUAGCCAGGUCCCACUAG